CAGUGGGGCAAGGGGAACAGAGAGGCUUCAUCUCUGCUCUUAGCCAGGCCACUGUCUGGGUGAUUCAGGCUUCCCUUCUCAAGCCCCGGGCGAGCAGUCCUCGGACACGGUCUGCCAGGAAGCCGCCUUGCGGAGACCCAGCCGCUCUUGAAGCGGCCGGGAAGAGUGCAAGACCAGCUCGCCAGAGGAGACCUUGUGCAAGAAUUUCCCCGCAGGUGGUGUCCUGGGCAUUCACUGACCUCUCAAUUCACUGACCUCUCAAGGAGCUGGCCUGGAGGAGGGUUUUCGGCACGACUGCGGUUAUGCUGCAGUGCUGUCCACCGGGCUUUCCUUGGGACCAGCGAUGAAGGCCCUCCACCACUCUCCUGCUGCCCUGGUUGCAGAAAUAGCAGUGAAUGUAGACAUGGAUGGCUGUACCAGGUGAAGAUAAUGACUGAGAAGGAGCUUCUGGCAGUUGCCUGUGAACAGUUUUUGGGGAAGAAUGUGCAAGACAUCAAGAACGUGGUCCUGCAGACACUGGAGGGGCACCUUCGUUCCAUCCUAGGGACUCUGACCGUUGAGCAGAUUUAUCAGGACCGGGACCAGUUUGCGAAGCUAGUGCGAGAGGUGGCGGCGCCGGACGUGGGCAGGAUGGGGAUCGAGAUCCUCAGCUUCACCAUCAAGGACGUCUACGAUAAAGUCAGCUACCUGAGCUCGCUGGGAAAAACGCAGACCGCUGCAGUCCAGCGAGACGCCGAUAUAGGCGUGGCCGAGGCAGAGCGAGACGCCGGCAUCCGGGAGGCCGAGUGCAAGAAGGAGAUGCUGGACGUGAAGUUCAUGGCGGACACCAAGGUGGCGGACUCCAAGCGGGCCUUUGAGAUGCAGAAGGCUGCCUUCAGCCAAGAGAUCAACGUCAAGUCCGCCGAGGCCCAGCUGGCCUAUGAGCUCCAGGGAGCCAAGGAGCAGCAAAAGAUCCGCCAGGAGGAGAUUGAGAUCGAGGUGGUGCAGCGCAGGAGGCAGAUUGAUGUGGAGGAGAAGGAGAUUGUCCGCAUGGACAAGGAGCUGAUCGCCACCGUCCGGUUGCCCGCGGAGGCCGAGGCGCACCGUAUGCAGGAGAUCGCCGAGGGGGAAAAGGUGAAGCAGGUGCUGAUUGCCCGUGCCGAAGGAGAGAAGAUUCGCAAGGUCGGCGAGGCGGAGGCCCUGGUGAUCGAGGCCAUUGGAAAGGCAGAGGCCGAGAAGAUGAAGCUCAAGGCGGAGGCCUACCAGCAGUACGGAGAGGCGGCCAAGAUGGCGUUGGUGCUGGACGCGCUGCCCCACAUCGCUGCCAAGGUCUCAGCCCCCCUGUCCAAGGUGGACGAAAUCGUCAUUCUCAGCGGAGAGAACAACAAAAUGACCUCUGACGUGAACCGGCUCUUGGCCGAGAUCCCGGCAUCGGUGCACGCCCUCACCGGGGUCGAUCUCUCCAAGAUCCCGCUGAUCCAGAAGGCAACCGGAGUGCAGGCCUGAGUCGCCGGCUGAGGACGCGCACCCCUCCCCACUAUGCACUUCCACCGACGGCCUCGUCUUUCAGCCGGGGAGGUGGGGGAGCCCCUCUCGGGUGCCUUAAUCGUGGGAGGACCAGGACAGAGCACGGCCGGCCCCCGGUCCUUGCGUUUCUAAGAGAAGUUGUUCCCGUUUUGUAUCUCUGCUCUAUGUCGUGCUAGCCAACACGUCCCACCCCCGUGCCUCGCGGAUUUUGUGCCUUGACUGCCUGCACCCGCCCCCCCCCCACGCCCCCCCACGCACUGUUGCUUGGACAGAGGUAGGCCCCUACUCAGAGGGGCCAGAUAUGGGCCUGGCACUCAGCGCAACCCUGGCUGAGGGCCACACCCCGCACCUGCCAGCACCCCGGGGGUCUCUGCCCUCCCCUCUGCUCCUCCAGUGGUGUCAGUGGGCUGUCCUUGGGCCCUGCCAGCCAAGGGCCUGUGUGCCAGGCACUGGUGCUCAGGAGAGGAAGCAGGGGCAGGGCUUUACCAGCAGCUCUGGAUGUGAGCUCCACAGGCCACCCCCUCACAUUGCAUGUCCCGUGCUGCCCCCCAAUGCCUCAGAGCGCCGCCCCCACACAGCAUUCUGUCUCUGGAUCGGGCCCCGUCUUUUUCCAGUCUGCCUCGCGACGCCUGGUCUUCCGGGCCCCAGGGCCGCCUUCCACAGCUUCGCCCGUGUCUAGAGUGUAACCGCCUACCCUUUGGCCCAGACUGGUCCGUCAGUCUGGAUGGAAGAAGUUGCGCACUGGGACCAUCUCCCUCCUCCGUGCGCCUCUGGCCCCUGGCAGGGGAGGCUGGGGGCUGAAGACCCACCCCCACUCGGCCCUGCUCCUUAACGGCACUCUGGUUUUGAUCCGGGCAGGCUCCUGUGGGCAUCCUCGGUCAACUUAGAGUGCCAGCAGCCAAGGAACCGGGGUUGUCUCCCCGCAGCUCUGGAGCUGAAACAGCAAGCCCCUUCUUCACACCCUGUUUUUGGGAGGGGGGCUGUAGCAGCCCCUCCCCUUGGGGUUAUGCCCAUCUGAGAACGGCUUUGGGCUCUGUGCCAAGGCUGGAGGGAAGCCCAGGCCCUGAGCAGCCCUCCCUGCAGCUGCCUGCCCUCUUUUGCAGCAGGCCCAGCCAGGCAUGCUUGCUUGCUCCCUCCCCCCCGUUUGUGAAAGGCGUUUGCUUGUCUCUUGGGGGGGCAGCUUGCCCCCAUCUCUGCUGUGAAGGCAGAGAGGCAGUGGAGGUUCCAGGGGACCUCGAGGUUCUCCCUCUCUGCCGGGGUCGUUACCUCUGAGGCUGGAACUGGGUCCCUGGCGGUGGCUUGUGCUGAGGGGGGGUCACUGUGAGGUGGGGGUUCAUUUUGGAAGGCUCGACUCCUCGCAGGGCCUGCCUGCACAGGCUCCAGCAUUAGUCAAGUCCUGCCCAGCCCCAGCUCCCCUCGCGCAGCCCGUCAGCCUGCCCCUCCCCACUGCAGAAGCCGCCUGCUCCCCCCCACACACUCCUACCCGCUUGGGCGUGGUGCAUGGCCACUGGCCAGGGAACUCUUGUUUAGCCAAAUGUGAAAUAAUAAUGGACAAUAAACUUGUUGUGAUCUUG